CUUUUAAGUAGGCCAGCGCCUCACACGUUCAUCAUUUUCAGCACACACACACCCAAUAAAUCAAAGCUCACAAAAAAAAACAAAAAAUAUUGUUAAUUAAGAAUAUCAAGGAACACCACAAUGAAUCGCAUUGACCUCACCCUUGAUGACAUGGCCAACAACAAGUUUCUGACACUAUAUAAUAGUCUGAUAAAGAGCUUCACCGCCUCCACGGAAUUCUCUUCCACCGAGGUGGUCAGUCUGCUGAUCGUGUUCUACAAGUACGCGCUCAACAACGGAUCCCGAAUGAUGUCCACUCGACAGCUCUACAAUCUGUUUCUCGUCAGCUUCGGGAUCUUCGACGUAACCAUCAUCGACCGCAUUUCGAUGAACAUCACGCAGGACGGUCGUUCCGUCUCUCCAGAGGCCUGGAUGCGACUGUUCUCCGUGUUCUUCACCGGAAAGCUGCAGGAGCGAAUGAAAUUCGCAUUUCAGGUUUACACAAGCGCUGGUUCAGUGGUUCUGAAUCGUGAGGUGGUUGGCGUGGCCAUCGAGAAAUUCUUCUACGGCGAUGAUGAUGAUGAGAUUAAUGAACUCCGAGCGGAUAUGUGCGAGUUCUUGUUCGCCAAAUUCGACAUGGACAAAGAUGGCGUUAUAGCGUUUGAGGAGUAUGCUGAAAUAGUCCAAAAUCAGCCUGGGCUGCUCGAGUUUUUAGGGAAAAUAUUCCCAGAUGACAAGGACCGAUCAUUGGUUGCCUACUGCCAUAAUAUUGAGUCAAUGCUUCCGCCAGAAGAUGGAUAUUAAAUAAAGCGGUUUUCUUUGUGGAACAAA